UGCCUCCUCAGCAAAUCCACCGACUUUGAGGUUCAUCGCAACUGGCUGGCCAUCACUCACAGUCUCCCACUCUGGGAAUGGUACUACGAAAAGACGUCGGAAUGGACCCUGGACUAUCCCCCCUUGUUCGCCUACUUCGAAUGGAUCAUGUCGCAAGUUGCCAGGUUGGCCGAUCCGGCCAUGAUUCGGGUGCAUAACCUCGAGUACGACAGCUGGCAAACCGUUUAUUUUCAAAGAUGGACAGUCAUUGUAACGGAGCUGGUCUUGCUCUAUGCGCUACAAAUGUUUGUUGACUCCACGCCUGGCGUGUCCAAGAGGGCAGCCCAUGCCGCUGCUGUCUCUAUCCUCUUGUCGCCCGGUCUGCUCAUCAUCGACCACAUUCAUUUCCAGUACAACGGCGUCAUGUACGGAAUCCUGAUCGCCUCUCUGGUCCUGGCCAAGAAGAAGUCGUCUCUGUUGGCUAGUGGUCUCGUCUUUGCCGCCCUGCUGUGCAUGAAGCACAUCUACCUCUACCUGGCACCGGCCUACUUUGUCUACCUUCUCAGAGUUUACUGCCUUCCACCCAAGUUGUCACCGAGGUCCAUCUUCAGGAUCCAGUUUUUCAACUGCGUCAAGCUGGGCGGCGGAAUCGCAGCCAUUUUCGCGGCUGCCUUUGGCCCUUUUGCGCUCAAGAAUCAGAUCCCGCAAAUCUUCAGCCGCCUGUUCCCCUUUUCGCGAGGUCUAUGCCACGCAUACUGGGCUCCCAACGUGUGGGCUUUGUACUCCUUCAUGGACAGACUCCUGAUCUCCCUUGCGCCAAGGAUUGGGCUACCGAUCAAGGCGGAUGCGCUCAACAGCGUUACCCGCGGUCUCGUCGGAGACACGUCGUUUGCGGUGUUGCCGAACAUCACGCCUCGCAUCUGCUUCGUCUUGACGCUCCUUUUCCAGGCCAUCCCCCUUAUCAAGCUCUUUAUGAGGCCGACCUGGGAGGGCUUCAUCGGAGGAGUCACCCUCUGCGGAUACGCCUCAUUUCUGUUUGGCUGGCACGUCCACGAGAAGGCCAUUUUGCUGGUCAUCAUCCCAUUUAGCCUCAUUGCGCUCAAGGACCGACGGUACCUGGGAGCUUUCAGACCAUUGGCUGUGGCAGGCCACGUGUCGCUCUUCCCCUUGAUAUUCACGCCGGCCGAGUUCCCCAUCAAGACGGUCUACACCAUCUUUUGGCUGGUUCUCUUCUUGAUGGCGUUCGACCGUCUUGCUCCAGCACCUACCCGCCAAAGACUGUUCCUGUUUGAUCGCUUCAGCACGGCGUACAUCACACUCAGCAUCCCCCUUAUUUUCUACUGCUCUCUGAUGCAUGGUAUUAUCUUUGGCAAGAGCUACGAGUUUCUACCGUUGAUGUUCACCAGCUCGUACUCGGCGAUAGGAGUCGUCGGUAGCUGGCUGGGCUUCAUGGUGGUGUAUUUUACAGAGUAG